AUGAUUCCUGCACUCAACACAUUCCGCUCGCGUGCUGCCAUGACUGGCCGUGCAUUGCGUGCUGGCAAUACUUUUGCUAGCCAGAAGCGCUUCUUGUCUCUGCACGAGUACCUCUCUAUGGAUUUGCUCAACAAGUACGGCGUCAAUACGCCCAAGUCUAUUCCGGCGAAGACCCCCGAGGAGGCGUUCGAGGCUGCAAAGAAGUUCGGAGGCAAACCUGUUGUGAUCAAGGCGCAGGUGCUUGCGGGCGGCCGUGGUAAAGGUCAUUUUGACAAUGGCCUUAAGGGUGGUGUCCACCUCGUCAAGACCCCUGAGGAGGUCCGCGACCUUGCUAAGCAAAUGAUCGGUGCCAAGCUGAUUACCAAGCAGACCGGCGCUGCAGGCCGUGAAUGCAACGCGGUUAUGAUUGCAGAAGCGCGCCCGCCGAAGAAGGAGUACUACGUCGCACUGCUCAACGAUCGUGUAAAGCAGCUCCCUGCCAUGAUUGCCUCGAGCGAGGGCGGUACCUCGAUUGAGGAGGUUGCGGCAGAAAACCCCGACGCAAUCAUUACCACCACCAUUGACUUGGAGAAGGGUCUUGACGCGCAGACCGCGCAGCAGAUCGCUCACAAGCUCGGGUUUUCCGGCCCCGAGCAGGAGAAGCAAGCUGCAGACAUUUUCCAAAAGCUUUACAAGCUGUUUGAUGAGCGCGAUGCCACGCAGGUUGAGAUCAACCCGCUGGCCGAGAGCCAGGACGGCGAAGUGCUCUGCAUGGACGCCAAGCUCGGCUUUGACGAUAACGCCGACUUUCGCCAGAUCGACGUGUUUAAGCAGCGCGAUCUCACACAGGAAGACCCCAUCGAGGUUGAGGCCGGCAAAUACGGCCUCAACUUUAUUAAGCUCGAUGGCAACAUCGGCUGCUUGGUCAACGGUGCCGGUCUGGCCAUGGCAACGCUCGAUGUUCUCUCGCUAAAUGGUGGCCAGCCUGCCAACUUCUUGGACGUUGGUGGUGGUGCGAACGCCGCCGCGGUGAAGAAGGCGUUUGAGCUUCUGCUGCAGAGCAAGGAUGUGCGUGCUAUUUUCGUCAACAUUUUUGGUGGUAUUAUGCGCUGCGAUGUUAUUGCGGAUGGUAUCGUACAAGCCACGAAGGAAUUGGAUCUCAAGAUCCCUCUUGUGGUGCGGUUGCAAGGUACAAAGGAGCAGGAGGCCAAGAAGAUCAUCAAAGAUUCUGGCCUCAAGAUCGCUGCAUUUGACGAUCUCGACCAGGCUGCCGCCAAGGCUGUCGAGGUUGCCAAGUAA